UUUGACCGUGAAGUUUAACAGGUAUUUGUUUUUUUUUUCGUUAGGACCAAUACUGCAGCAGACUAAUAUUUUCAUGCAGUAGUUUGUUGAAGUAAUUAACCUUUCGAUAAUUGCAGAUCUUUAUAUAAAUAUUGAUUGAAAUUUAUCUAACGGAUGCAGUUUUGUACCGAUAUGAAAUUAUUUAAAAUAUGACUUAACCUUUAAAGGUUUAUCGAUUUCAGUUCUAUAUGGAAAUAAUGGUUCAUUAAAAUUUGUUGCAAUGUAGAAAGUGAAAGUUGAAAAAAAAAAGAAUUCAAAAAUGGACAGCAGAUCUAUAUUUAUUGAAGAAAACUUAAAUGGAUAUGAUCUACCAGCAGAAAAUUUGUUAGACAUCCGUGAGGUACUGAUGAAAAGAUUCGGAGCAAAAUUUUCUGACGGCCUGUCACCGGAAGGACGUUUGGCUAUGGAACAAGCAUCAUGUAGCGAGGUAGAUACUGCGAGUGCAAAACGUUUAAACGGAAUAAAGGAAUCACCGGGAAGUGCCAAAGGGGACAGUAACAGAAAAAUAAAUAAAAAAGAAAAGAAAACUAAAAACAUUACCUUCACAGAAACGUAUGAUAAAAGGUCAAGCGAGAGACUGGCUGAAGAAAUUACUGAUGAAAAUUGUAAGGAAAUAGGGUUGGAAACGCAAGAUGAUGCUGGUAAAGAUUAUAAUGCACUUGAUGCUAUUGAAAAUGUGACCGAUGGAGAAGUGGAAACAAAUACUGUGGGGAUUGAUAAUACAAACUUACAGUCGGUAGAAAAAUGUUUACUUUGGAUGAAAGUGAACAAUAAAACAGCAGAUACAAGUGUCUAUGAUUCUGAACAAUCAAGACAUAGAUUAAUUGCAGAGAAUGACACUGUCAAAAUGUAGGAAUAUUGCUUCAUGUAAAUUUCUUUUUUCCACAUCAUUCCUAAACUAGUCUGUAUCAGUCAGUAUGACCGAUAGAUGAUUUUUGAUCCAAAAUAAAAUCUUCUUUGAAAUCGUGUCAAUGCGAUCAUUACUCCAAAGAAGCUUUUAAAUAUUGAUAUUUUCUUAACAUGAUAUGAGAUAAAGAGCAUAACAGAUAUCCUUAACAGAAAAUCAAUUAAAACAACUUAUUUACUUUCAUAGAGGAAAACUCUUUCUAGUAUCAUGUGUAUGCAUGUUCAUAAUUUAAUUGUCUUUAUGCACUUUAAUAUUUAACAUGUUUUCGUAUAACAAUAUAACGUACCAAAUACUGUUGACUUCUGGUUCGUUAUUUUGUUGUGUGGCUUUUUUUGUUUUGUUUUUUUGUUUGAGUCUCACAAAUGUUUGAUCGUUUAUAUCCUGAAGUAGGUAUCGUUAAAUUUUGAAGAAUCUUUAAUUUGCUAUAUCAACAAAGGAAAUCAAUCCGCUGCAGACUUGUUAACGGAAAAGUUGAUGUAUACAGAAACGAAAGUACAUACAUAGAUAUGGGAUAUAAAACUUGUAUUUUAUACUUAACACAGCAGAUAAAUAUAAGAUAUAACAUAGGUUUUGACAUUAUGACAGUAACGGAUACGUUCAAUUACUAUAUUUUUGGUCUCUCAAGAACAAAUAUUGAGACCAUGGAAAGUAUAUAGGUAAUUAAAUUGCAUUUUGGACCAUACAUGAGCAUAAAAUGGGUCUUCGCUAUUUCAUCUACUUGUAUGCAUAAAUGGAAAUAAUAUAUAGCAUAAAUUUAAUAUACCCACCGCGGUUAUUCCACAAUAUAUUUUUUUUUCGAAAAUAUAUUAUUUCUUCCUAUAACUGUAUAAACUAUAACAGUUACAAUUACUUUACAGCUUGAUCUUUGCAAGAUUCUGAUUAACAACGAGUGUUUGGAGUACUCAUCGAACAUUGAAUCCAUUCGAAACUGCCUUUCUUUGAUUCUCCUUGUGUUUUUUUUUCUAAUUUCUUGUGCAUGUCAGAUUUUAAUUUCUUAAUGACAGGAAACAUGAAUGGCAAAACAUAAUUAUUGUUUCAACAGUUGCAUUUCACGGAUCUUUGAAAAUGUGUCGUCUUGACUUUCUUGAAAAGAACUGUUCAGAAAUGAAAAGCAUUAUUCUGAGUCGGACCUGGUAUACGGAAAGAAAACUAUGCAUCAAAUCUAGUAAAUUUAGGUAUAACUGCAAUGGCUUACAGGCCUAGUGGGACAGUUUUCAGGUACAAUCCUAACCUUGAAAUACGUAUUGUUAAUAUUUCACUACGUACUAGUAUCUUCAAUAAUAUAAUUCAACAGCAAGGUACGCAUAUACAUUGUAUUUUCUAGUUUUGUUGAUUAACGCCACUUGUAGCAUAUCAAAAGGGCAUAAGCAACCUUUAAAUGCAUUUCUAUUUUGAUAUCGUAGCUCAGAUCGUUGUUAUUUUAUACCACAGUCACACAAACGGCGCGGAUAGCUACGUCUAGCUACGGAAAGAAACGUAGUAAUCCGUAUCGAUCCGUACCUGAGCCGUACCUUAAAGUAGUAAUCCGUACCAAUCCGUAUCAGUCCGUACCAAUCCGUACGGCUCAGGUACGGAUCGAUACGGAUUACUACGUUUCUAUCCGUGGCUAGACGUAGCUAUCCGCGCCUUAUGUGUGACUGGGGUAGUAGAGUUUUGUAAAAAUUGCUUUUGUUAAAUUUAUUUAUUUAUUUUGUUUGUUGGGUUUAAUGUCGCACCGACACAAUUAUAGGACAUAUGGCGACUUUCCAGCUUUGAUGGUGGAGGAAGAACCCAGGUGCCCCUCCGUGCAUUAUUUCAUCAGGAGCGGGCACCUGGGUAGAACCACCGACCGUUCGUAAGCUAGCUGGAUGGCUUCCUCAAACUUUGGUUAAAAGUGUCACGAAGCGUUUUAUUCAUUAAUCAAUCCUAUAACUUUCCCAUAGUUAAAUAAUUAGCGUACAUAUUUAUUCGAUUUUCCUUUUCAUAUUAAGUACGUUUAUAAUUUUAAAUUGUAAAGUCUUUUGUUACAACAUUA